AACUACAAAAUGGCUCGAGCAUUAUCAAUCAUUUUAGUGACAUCUCUAAUUUUCACCCAAAUAUACGGUGAGGAAAAAUGUUCAGACAAAAAGGAAAACCGGCUUUUCGAUCAAGACUUCGGUUUGGCUCUAACUCCAGAUGAUUUAUUGACCAGCAUGAUGGGACCGUGGAUGUUCAGGGAUUACUUCAGACCUUGGAGAUAUAUGGAAUCAAUUGCUCGCGAUCUUGGUUCAUCGAUCGUUUCCGAAAAAGACAAGUUCCAAAUUAAUUUGGACGUACAACAUUUUUCCCCUGAUGAAAUAACCGUCAAAACAUCUGACGGCUACGUUGUUGUGGAAGCGAAACACGAGGAAAAGAAGGAUGAACAUGGAUCUAUUUCACGACACUUCGUCAGAAAAUACUCUUUACCAGAGGGAGCGGAAUCUGAUAAUAUCGUUUCACAGCUGUCUAGCGAUGGUAUUCUUUCGAUUACGGCACCUAGAAAGCAGAUCGAUUCCAAGGGAGAAAGAGUUGUUCCCAUAACACAGACUGGACCGGUACGAAAAGAAGCAAAAGAAAGCGGCGCGCCUGAAGGUUCCUGCCAAGCAAAAGACGGAAAGUGCGGUUUAUAAUCUCAAUGUGUAUAACUAGGUAGUUCUUAAUAAUUUUA